UCAACAUGAGUAUAUAUAUAAUUAUUAAUAGACGUACAUAACCUCACAAAUUCCAUGCGUAGAACUCCUAUUAUCAGUUGAGCAUGUGUAUGUAACUUUUGCAUCAUUCCAAUUGAAGAAAUAUGUGUAUUGUAUACCGGCGCAUACAAUCCAUUUGUGUAUAGAAAAAUGAUUUGAUGUUGACAUCAGAACAGAAUAAUCUUCUUGAAGAAGCCUAAAAAUUAUUGGGACACGAUCAAAGGAGCAGAAGGAUUGCAACAUUUUCAAGAGAGUAUGAUCGAUGGCGAAGGUGAUGAGGAAUAUUUUUGCCAAGUUUUGGAUCUGCUGCACGAAACACAGUGGCUUUACAAAUUUCCGGUGACAGAAAUAUUGAUUAGAAAUACUUUGGAAAAUUUUCCUGACGGAUGGAUGUCUGCGCUGAGAAAUUUAAAUAAUGAAGAGCUCAAUGAGCUCGUUGUCAAUAAGAGAAUCGAGAUCGACCGGCCGGAGUCUCUUUUAUCAUUUGUUGAAAAAUGUCGUUUCCUGGACAAGUUGCCGCCAGUGAUCAGUGAUGAUGUAGAAAUUUUGCCGAAAUCUUUCCAAACGGGUAUGAGCAAAAAGAAGCAACACGAAAUUGUAUGUCUGGCAAAUUUGGUGCAGUCGCAAUGUGAGAAGAAAGGAAUAAAAACCAUCGUUGACCUUGGCGCCGGUUUGGGCUACGUUUGCCAACUUUUAAAUUUUCUUCACAAUUAUCGGGUUCUCGGCUUAGAAUCAAAUGAAAAAAACGUGGAAGCUGCAAAACGGAAGCAACGCGAAUAUUAUCCUGCGUCGAUUGAUCGCGUAGAUUACGUGUGCGCUAAAAUCGAUUCGAGCUCUGGGAUGGAAAUAAGGAAUUUUUUGAAAAAGUCCAACGGGGAUGUUGAAGAAGAAUUUUGUCUGAUCGGCCUCCACGCGUGUGGCGAUCUCGGCGUAGACGCGUGCGAUUUAUUUUCUAAAAUUCCAUCAGCAAAGAUUCUCAUCCUGUUGUCAUGUUGCUAUCACAAAAUGGAGAAUAAGCCACAUGAAUGUACCGAUAAAUUUCGCAAUUUUCCAAUAUCUGAAACUUUGAAAAAUAUCUUCGAGUCUUCGGAUCGCCAUUACAACGAAUUUUUGAAUCGUCCUUUCCUGAGACUGGCUUGUCAAGAGCCCGCUGUCCGAUGGAAUCGAAUGUCACAUGAAACACAUCGCCAACACGCGUUCCACGUUCUGGCAAGAGCAGUUUUGGAAUCGUUUGCACACAAAAACUCAAUAAUACUGAAAAAAAGAACGCGUAAAGCGACGAGAAAUUCGCAGUGCAUCGAUUUCGAAACGUAUCUUCAAGACGCAAUGCUCCGCUAUGAAUUCAAAUGCAAUGAUGAAAAUUCAUUGACAGAUACUGCGGAGAUUCGAGAAUCUAUUUUAUCAGAAUGGAAAAAAGUUCUGGCGAAGCUUGACGACAUUGAAAUUUAUACAGGGUUGCAAUUGAUGUUGCAAAGUCCAGCUGAAUCAUUGAUUUUACGAGAUCGUCGGUGUUGGCUUGUAGAAAUGAGUUACGACACUGAAAUUAUUCCUGUUACAAGCAGAUCUCUUUCGCCCCGAUCUCAUGCGAUUGUAUCAAGAAAAAAAUAAAUGAGGAGAUGAAUGCACAUUAUUUGAUUGAAAAUUUUGAGGGAUUCUUACUCUGUGAGUUUCCAAGAGGUCCUUGGCCACCGGCACCAGGUUGACUUCCUGGCCUUCCAACCAUCAUUCCCGCAGGCACUGGACUUACACCCGACUGUCCCAUUUGUACAGCAUCAGACUAUUAUUGGAAUAAACAGCACAAUGAGAAUUGAAAAAUUCUUCACGUAAUCAUA